AAUAUUUUAUUUCCUAUAAAUUCUUAUUGUUUUGCCUUUUUCCGAAAUCUAAUAUUGAGUCGUUUGUCAAGCUCCGGAAAAUUCACCAGGUAAGAAACUUUUUUCUUUGGUUCCUAUGUUCAGUUCAACCGCAAAUGUCUAUUUCCUUUUUUCAUUGAUUUUUAAAUGUUAUAUUGGACCUAAUGAUGAUGUUCACCUUAAUCAUAUAUUUUGUUCCUCUGGCAUUCCCUUUGAGUCAAUUGAUACCUAUUUCGCUCUGCGUUUUCUUUACGAUGCUGCGCUUUUUCUGUUUUCGAUGUCCGAUGUUUCUGAUUUCUUGUGGACGUGGACAGGAAAGAAUCAAGAAGAAAUUUUAUUGUUUCGCAAGCCAGCUAGGGUCUUGGAGCACUUAAGAUCUCUCUUAAGAAAGCAGGGUACGCCUAAGUUUAGGAGACUGGAGGAAAGCCUCAUUUCAUUUUAGUAUUUUAUCGGUGUCCUGUGAAAAUCUCUGAGAUUGCCUCCAUAUAUUCCCACGGUUUACGCCCAAAUAUACCAUGCAGAUUUUGAGCUGUUUCCAACUUUCCAAAUAGCUGGACUACACUUGGACCAGAGCUACCCAUUUCUUCGAAUGUCUCCCUUCAUUCCAUGGUUCUCCGGGGACGAAUCCUUUUUUAUAGUUAGAGAUGCGCCUUAUUUCGGAUUUAAUUUUGAGCUGUUUCCAACUUUCCAGAUAGCUGAACUACACUUGGGCCAGAGCUACCCACUUCUUCGAAUGUUUUCCUUCAUUCCAUGGUUCUCCAGGGACGAAUCCUUUUUGUAGUCAGAGAUGCGCCUUAUUUCGGAUUUCAAUUUGAGUUGUUUCCAACUUUAGUUUAAUGAAAGAAUCCUCAUGUAAACAUAUACUAAGGUAAUUUGUGUCAACAGGCAUAAUUAUACAGCAAAAGCUAAACCUACCUUGAUGUAGUUCUCGGUGAUCAAGAAUGUUUAUCAUUCUUUCAUCCAAAAUUUCCAGAACAUUCCUAUAUUUGGUCUUAAUCUCGAAUUUCUACAUGCGUAUACGAAACAUGAGGCUCAAAUUUCUGAAAAAAAUAAAAAACAUUUAAGAAAAAGAAAAAGAAAUAAAGAAAGACACCGAAAAUUGAUACUUUUUAAUGUUUACAAACACAAAUGAAUCACUUCUAUAAAGCAAAGUGUUUUUAAAAUCGAACUUUCAAAUACAGAAAUCUAAAUGUCCUAUUUAGAAACAAUAAAGACACAUUCGACGUUUAGAUUGCAAAAAUUUAAGGAACACCGAGGCACAACUCGUUUGCUUUAUAUAAAAAACGUGUAGCUGUCGACCCCUUGAAAGCACACAUUUUGUCCCAUUGCACAGUUUUUUAUAAGAAUACCUAAUUUUUUGCCGAACCUCAAUAUUCUCAAUUUUUUUAAUUUUGAGCGUAAGAUUAUUCUUAAAUUAUUCUUAAGCGACACAAGGUGCAAUUGAGUUUCAUUAUAGUGUUAAUAGCUACAAGGCCUGAUAUGUCUAUUCUAAAACAUAUAGCGUGAAACUCGCAUUUGAUUUGCUUUCUCAAAUACAACUCAGAUAAACAAAAACUUUAAUUGUUGAUUAAACUUUAGCCUUGCAUUAUUCUUGACUUCGUAACUUUCAGCAAUUUUGAGCCUUAAUAUUCUUAUAAAUGAAAGUGUGUACACGCGCACUGCGUUUUCCAGCAAAGCGUCACAAAUGCGACAGGAGUGUAUAAUAGUCCAAAACAUCAAAUUCAACUGUAUAGGCAGCAUGGAGACCACUGAGGAAUUUUAAAACACAGAUUUGUAUUGUGGUCUUGAGGAGAAAUCUGAGUGACGCCUUAUUGGUUGUUUCCACCAGCAAUAUUCUCGUUGUCAUGACAAAUUAAGGCCUUCUAUCCCACAUUGUCAGAACGUGUAAUCCAGGUGGAAAGCCAAUGUAAAUUGGACACAAUCACAUAUAGCCCUGUUCCUUGAAUGGCGCCAUUCUUUCUGUGAAUCAGAUAUAAUUGAGAAAGUUUGAAAGUUUAGCCUCGUUUUGAUAUAUUUUUCGCAAGCGGGUUGUGCCCAGGCCUCCAGAUGUGCUCUCUCGGGUCACUGAUUUUCCGACAGUCGGAGUCUUCAAGUAAAAUUCCAAAAUCUUCUUCUUCUUUCUCUAGACGAACUCUCUUUUGUCUCAAAUUUUGGACUUGUUUUGUUAGAAUUCGUCCUUAUAUAAGAAAACGAAACUGAGUCAUUAAGUUUUUAAUAAUAACCACAAUUUUCGAAACAAAGCUUAAAUGUUCCCUCGUUGAUUCGUUUCAUCGCUGAUUUUUUCAAUGUUUGAAAUUAAAAUUUUUGAAAUAAAUUUUUCAAAGGUUCCCCCACUGAUUUUUAUUCUUUAACUUUGUUUGUCUGUCGCCAGUUUGGAAGAAAACAGUAUCACAUGAUCUGAUUCUUGUGCCAAAAAUUCUUUAUCUUGCUUUUGUGACGUGUAUCCUCAUAAUGUUUUCGCUAUCCCUUGUAAACAAAGACUUGUCUAUAUUGCCCCGUAGAAAAUGGUUCGGUCAUCCAGUUUACUCCAGGGGGUUGGAGAACGGCAUUGCUUGUUAUGUUUCAAUAUUUCAGCAUAGCAUAGAAAUUGCCAUUUAAUUGCUGCUAGUAUUUUAAUCACCGACGUUUAGAUUGUUAUGAGUUUUAUAAUAGAUCACACAUCACGAAGGUACAACGUUUGCCCAAAAUUUGGUGACCAUGGUCCCUGCCCGUGUCGUUUGGAUUAUCCCUGUUGGUUUCUAGUUCGGGACAAUAGUGGGUUUAAGUGGGGGGGGUGUGGCGAAAAAAGGAAGGGGGGUUGAACUGGGACGCUUUCCUAUCUGCUUCUCUAGUUUGCUCGUGAAUUGCCCUUGCUUUGCUGUACCCCACUUCAUGCCCCAAUCUGUUGUUGUUUCCCACGAAUUCUAUUUUAAUAAUGUUCUCCAUAUCAUCUCCUUCAAAUUGUGCUCUUCCCGCAAUCUUUGUUAACAGAAAAGAAUGAAGGAUAAUUAUCAUCUUUAAAUGUCCACAAAAAACAAGACUAUAUGAAACCAUACUGUGGUUUUAUCAUACUGAUCCUUUGAUAGAGACCAGCUUUAGUUUCAGUUUUAUUUUGCUCUUAUCACAUGGAUUUCUGUACACGGGGGUUUGUUGUGAAAUACUAUAUCAUUGAAAUGAAACGAAAGGAAAUCAUCAAAUCGCAAUUUCGUAGUUUCAAAUGAAUUAGCAUAACCAGAAUUUAGAAGAUUUUUAACAUUUACACAAAGAGCGACCUAUCUUUCAGUCUUGUUUCAUUUGCACUCGUUUUCAAGGUUGAUCCAAACCCUAAUAUCAUGUAAAUUUAUUUAAUUUUCUUCUGCUUGAAAAACAGGAAAAACCCUUUUCAGUGUUCUCAGUAAACUCUUUUUCUCAAGAUUCAGUAAAUUCGAAUUCAGCUGACUGGUUUUGAUUGUUUCGAAAAUCUGACGCUGGAUUGUUCUUAAUUUGUUUUUAAAUUAUUUGGGUGUAAGCAGUGCGAUUGCUAGCUUUUUCGCUCUAUUGAGGUGUUCAGGACUCAUUUGCCAACAAAGUGAGUGAGACAACCUUAAUUCGCUGACAAAUUUGGAUAUUAACUAAAAAAAAAGAACCCACACAUCGUUAAAAAUCCUCGAUUUGGAGAAAAACCGAUGUUCAAAAUUGCAUUUUGCAGAAGCUCAGCCUCGGCUUGUUCUUAAUUUGUUCUCAAUUUUUGACCAAUUCUGAGGCUCGUGUUCUUAUAAAAUUGUUUUUACAAAAAGAAAAGAUUGAAUUGUUUAAAAACCUUAUUUGUAGUCUUGUGAAUUUUAAUCUACCAUUAGCUACUUUGUUUGACAUCGAUACACCUGUAAAUUAUUCACCAUGCUGUCCCCCGUCCUUGUGCGUGAUAUACACCCAUUCCAUUAAAGGUAAGUCUUGAAACGGCCCUCUCAGCCAUCACUCAGUCAAAGCUAUUGAAUUCUCUCCUGUCUCAUUGCAAACCAGCCCAAUCAAACUGUGGCCUCGAAAACAGAUCCGCCGGUUGUAGCUUAGGGACUUUGGUACUUGCACUUCGAAAGAUUGAUUCCAGACAUCAUCGGGGAAAUAUGGAUGAGAAUGGGUACAAUGAUGAAAAUGAGUCUGGAAUGCCACGUCUUAGGACAAAAAGCGAGACACUGGCAGAGCUGCGCCGCAAAGAGAAUGGGCAGAAACGAGAAGUGACGAAAGUUGACUACACUUCUCACUUGAAAAAAACGGAGAAACCUGAAAACGUGUUACGUGAAAAAAAGAAAAGUAAUGACACCCCAAAUUAUCUGCAACAUUUGCGAAAGACUGACACAGGUGUAUCAACCCAGCCAGAGUAUAUAAGGUUGGCCAAAAGUGCUGAAGCCGAAGGAAAACAAAGCGGGAAGAGAGUCAAUGCAGAGGAUUUGAUAAACAUGGCAUUCAAAAAGGCUGCAGACGCAGAAGAGAGAGAUCCUGCGAAUAGGCGCGGAAUGGCCAACAAAUCAGCUGGAUCACAAAAAACAACAAACGCUGUUGGUUCUUUCGAAGGUAUCAAAGUUACAAGUGAUACGAAAGAGGAUUACAGAUCCGCUUUGAAACAACAUGUGCAGGUUGAGAAGAAAGCAGCUGCAAAGAAACAAGAAGAAAAGCCAAGCUGGGCUAAUGUUACCCCCAAAAAAAUACUUGAUGCAGAUAUCAUGUCGAAAUCCAAGGAGGUGAAGCAAGAAAAGCCAGAAUGGGCGCAGUUUGUGCGAGGCACCAAGAAAAAUAUCCUUGGGCUGGAACAUUCGAAAUCAACAGAAAAAUCUCAAGCACCGGAAUGGGCCGACCUAGCAAAUAAAACUGAUCGAAAAAGACUGAUCCAGCUUGAAAGCAAGAAAUCCACUAAUUCAGAAGCUCAACCCGAGUGGGCUGGGAAAGCGCGUGACCCGAAAGAAAUCCUUCGUGUAGAGCUAAAAACGAGCAAGAAAUCAACUGGUGAGGAGUCACCUGAUUACAAGGGUGUGCUUCGAAGAGGGUCUAGAAAAGAGUCGAUAACGUUUGGCGAACUGCAAAAAGCUCUUGGGGAGGAAGAAGAAGACAGAAGCAUGGGUUGGAAACUUAUUGAUAGGCUCAUGCUUUUGGAUAUCCCUGAACAAUCAAAAUCAGAUAAUCUGAAUACAAUUCAUGAAGACUUCUUUGAUCAAAAUGCGAAUGAGGUGAACAAGAGGUCGAAUCAAAAUGGCCACGAUAAGGAAAAUGGCGUCAAUUCUGACGACGUUUUUGAUGAAAAACCGAUUCGAAGAAAAUCCUCAAGCUUCUAUCAGCAAGGACGUCGAAAGUCCAGUGUAGCUAGAUUCUCGUUGGCCUUAGCUCUGCCUGUCAACCUCAGGCGCGAGGUGAGCACAAUGCUGAUGGACUGGGCGCAGGAAAUAAUGAAGGACUAUGAGAACUCUUCAGUAAAUGACUUCACGUCUUCCUGGGAUGACGGGCAAGCGUUUUGCAACAUUAUGCAUUACUACGAGGAUGACAAGGUUCCCGUCAACAAGUUAAACUCUUCGUCGAAAAGAGCAAAUUUGAUGGUGGCUUUCCAAGUUGCAAGCGAUGCUGGGAUAUCUCUGCCAGUCACCGUCGAUGAAAUGAUGAAAAGCAAAGUCCCGGAUGCUCACAAAGUGUUCGAUGUCCUGCAUGAAAUAUACUCGCAUUAUCAUGGGCCACUCGUUGAAUGGGGAGUGUUGGGUUGAAAUAUAAACAGAUUGGAUUUCCACAUCGAUAAACGAUAUUACAUAGAGUCUGUGUGUAUGAGAUCAGAGAAUAUAAUUGCUGGUAGAAUAUUGUAUUAUAGGCCUAAACAGUUGUAAUAUCUUCGUCUUAAAAAAAUAUGUUAGCCAAUUCAUUGGCACGUCCAAGAACAAAAGCGCAUGCACUUUGCAACAAUUCAACUGCAAUGGAGAGGUUAAUACUCGAAGUAGAAAGAGACUUGUGCCUUUCGAUCCAAAUAAGCAGUGAGUUGAGGGCAUUUUUAGAGCAAGAAUUAGCGAAGAUGUGAAAGUUUCAGGUAUUGCCAGUGUUGAGGUCUGUCCUCAUAGCUACUUUGAUCUUAGUCUUUUCUAGCACCUUAUCAUUUUGAAAUGGGAAAAUAAUUUGAGUCACGUCAACACUGCCUCUUAAUUUGCCUCUUAUCGGGUUUUCUGUAGCCAAAACGAGGUUUCGAAGCGAAAACUAUAGGUCGGGUGAGAUUUUCCCUGUCAUAUCUGUAAGAUUUUAGUACGACUUUGUUAGAUCGUGGUAACGUUUUGAUCGCUGGAAUCUUUCCUUCACAUAACAAAUAGGGUUGCCAUAUUGGGGACUGGGUGAAUGUGGUAUACAUUAUGUGAAGCAAAGCGUUUCUUGCUCAAAAUUCAUCCAACCUUCGGUUUCAGUUGUUGUCUAUGACUGCAGCUGGGAUUCACAUCUAAGUUAGAGAAGCUGUGAUAUUAAUCCUUAUGCCUCGACGUACGUUAAUGAUGUUUCCAGAAAACGAUUUUCUUUUUUCUUUUGCAACAAGUAACGUUAAUUCCGAUUGUAUGGGCUAAUUUGCAUUAACCAGUAGCAAAUUUUACGUAUAUCUAUUUUCGUAGGGGAAAAAUAUAUUUAUGGUAAGUUGGUGUUGUUUUAAUUGCAUCAUUAGUGUAGAUAUAAUGCCAGAUUCUGUUAAUUUAGUUUCUGACAUGUAUUGUUGCUCAGAGAUAAAAAAGUUCAAAACAAA